UACAGUCACCUCACAACAAGGAGAUGUCACGAAUUGGAUGUAUAUGCAGAGCUUAUGCCUUGUACAUCAAAGCUAGCUGACCUCAAACUCAAGCCCAGAGGUAUCAUUCUCUCUGAAUCUCUGUACUCUAUGUACAACAAUGAUGCACCUCAGGCAGCCAGUAUCUACACUCUGGGUAUCCCUAUCCUUGGUAUCUGCUAUGGCCUCCAGGAGAUUUGCUGUAAUCACAAGGGAGAGGUAGCAAAAUGUGAUCAUUGCGAAUACAGGCUUGUGGAAUUUAAAAUCAGCAGGUCCAGUGAAUCAGGAAACUCAGUUGAUGCCUUGUUUGAAAGACUUGGUGAUCAGAUGCAGGUGCGUCUGGAUGUCAAACUGUCUGUUAUGCCUCCUGACUACCAUGUCAUUGGACAGAUGAGCACCGCUGCCUAUGCCACCAUCACACAUAACUCCAAGUCGGUUUAUGACAUUCAGAUCCAUCCAGAGGUAACAGAUUCCCCACACAGGAAGGCAGCUCAUUGGUUGAUUUGUGCUGAAUACAUGCCAAUGCCGACCAAACUGGACAAUCAUGAAGAGAAAUUUAUUGGCAAGGAAAUUGUCCACAUCCGCAGGAUGUGUGGUCUGAAAGGCUGUAUGAUCGGCACAGUCAGCAGAGGUGUUGAUAGCACUGUUGCAACCAAGUUAAUGCACGAGGCAAUCAGUGACGGAUUCCAUGCCAUCAUGGUAGACAGUGCGACCAUA